AUGGCCAUCACUGGCGUUGUCUCAUUCUGGGUGUUUCCCCUUCUUUCCUCCCUAGUAUGGAUGGGCAUGCUCCUCGGCAUGCUGCUUUCCUGGGUCAUCGAAGACAAAUACCGCCACUACGACACCAUGGCUUCGAGAGCUACCAUCGCGUUCAUCAGUAAUAUCGGUGCCGACCGCCUCCAGCCUCUAUUCAUCACAGGCUGCAUCCUUACUGCCUGCCUCUUCGAUGUUGGCCUGAUAGCCGAACCUAUAUUGCGUCUGAAGGGUCGUCUUGUGUUGUACAAAUCCACCUCCGAGAAAGUCCUUUGCGCCUUCAACAUCUUUUUCGCGGUUGUAGGGUCCGUCGGCUUGAUUUGUCUCUCAAUCUUCAGGACGGGCUGGCCUGGUCGAUUACAUUGGGUAUUCCUGUCGCUGUUUAUUGUCGGAUACCUUUUGUCGGCCAUAUUUCUGUGCGCCAUGUACCAGCGCAUGGCAGCCAAAAAUCCCGAACACCCCGAACUCCGAGUUUCUUUCUUGACGAAAUUGGUCUUCAUCAUCCUCGAGAUGGUGCUUCUUGUCUGCUUUGUAGCUUGCAGAAAACGAAAGAGAGAUCUGUCAGCAAUCUUCGAAUGGACCAUCUCCUUCGUCUUCAGCUUCUACGUCUUCCAUUUCGUGAUGGACCUUUAUCCGGCCGUUCACACAGUGAGUCCGCAAUCGAGAUUUAUCGCGCCUGUCGAGGAUGAGAAGCCAGGGAGCCCUAGGCCCAGCUCGAGCGCCACUUCCCGCCAGAAUGCUGGCGAUAUGGCGUAG